AUGGCUAGGCUGAAAGUUACUCGUUGGAGUUCUCAUUACAAUUCAAUAUGCAGUUUGUUUAAAAUGUUUAAAGCCACAUGUGAAGUUCUUGAUAAUAUUUCUAAUGAAGGAAAGACAGCAUCACAUCGUGGAGAUGCAGAUAAUGCAUAUUCAUCAUUGACAUCUUUUGAUUUUAUCAUCAUAUUGCACCUUAUGAAAGAAAUUAUGGGUAUUACUGAUGUCCUUUGUCAAGCUUUGCAACGAAUAUCUCAAGAUAUUUCAAAUGCUUUACAUCUGGUUUCAACUACAAAAGAGUUACUUCAGAAAUUAAGAGAGACAGGUUGGGAAGCUUUCUUGGUUCAUGUUCAAGAAUUUUGCAUAAAACAUGACAUUGACAUUCCAGAUAUGAGUGCAAAAUAUAUUGGAAGGCGAGGUCGUGCUCGAAAUGAACAAGGUGAUUUUUCUACUGAAAAUUUUUAUAGGAUAAAUGUCUUUUGUGCUACAAUUGAUUAUCAAUUGAAAGAAUUAAAUAGCAGGUUCAAUGAUAAUACUAUUGAAUUACUUGCUUUGAGCAUGGCUUUAGAUCCAAGAAACAGGUACAAGUCAUUUAAUAGUGAUGAUAUUUGCAAACUUGUUGAUAAAUUUUAUUCUAGAGAUUUCACAGAACAGGAAAAAUUGCAUUUGAAGAUGGAGUUACAACAUUUUGAGCUUGACAUUCCUAAACAUCCAGAUUUGAUUAAUUUAUCAACUACAUCAGAAUUAUGUCAAGGGCUAGCAAGAACUGGAAAGUCUAUUAUUUACCCUCUUAUUGAUAGAGUGAUUAGACUUGUCUGA